AUGGACACCGAAGAUGGGACCGUCCCUCUGGACAAGUCGUUUGAGGAAACGUUGGAGCAUCACGGCCGAUCGUAUCAAAAGCACGCUGUGACUAACGGAGUAUAUUUUGGCCCAGUCGACGAGGAAGAGGUCGCACAUCUCGAGUUAAUGCACUCUGUUCUCUGUCGACUUUUCGAUGGUAGACUUAUCUUUCCGCCCGUGAACGAACCGAAACGGAUCCUCGAUUGUGGCUUUGGAGCCGGUGACUGGGCUCUCGAUGUUGCCAGAGCCUAUCCGGACUGUGAGGUGAUUGGCGUUGAUAUCUGCCCCAACAUGAUACCUGAAGACCAGCCAGAGAAUCUAGUUUUCCAAAUUGACGACCUGAACGCGAGGUUUACCUUCUCCCCAGGACAGUUCGAUGUAGUCCAUAGCCAAAUGAUGUCUGGUGGCAUUAACGCAAGCCGUUGGCACGGCUACAUCCAAGAUAUCUUUCGUGUUCUUCGUCCUGGAGGUUGGUGUCAGAUGGUGGAAAUAUACUUCAAUGCUCAAUCAGACAACGGAACUUUGCACAGAGGCGAGUGA